UAUUUGCAACAUUUCUGACAGGAUUCUCUGAAAGCUUUACACCACAAAGAACAACGAACAGUAUAUCGUCUAACUCUGGUUAAAGGAUGGAAUGCAGAAGAUAUCGAUAAAUAUGCUAACCUGUUUGACCUUGGAAAACCAGAUCUAGUUGAAAUCAAGGGUGUCACAUACUGUGGAUCGUCUGCAACUUCGAAGCUCACAAUGGAGAAUGUUCCCUGGCAUUCUGAUGUCAAAGAAUUUUCAGAAACGUUGGCUGCCAAAAGCAAUGGCCGAUAUGAGGUUGCUUGUGAGCACGUUCACUCCUGCUGUGUUCUUCUUGCAAACGUAGAUAAGUUCAAGGUCAAUGGUCAAUGGCAUACGUGGAUAGACUAUGAAAAGUUUCACGAGCUGGUGGCUUCUGGAAAGCCGUUUAAGACGGAAGAUUACAUGGCUGUCACCCCUUCAUGGGCUGUCUAUGGCGCUGAUGAAGGUGGGUUUGAUCCGGACCAAUCUAGAUAUAAGAAAGAGAGACGCCACGGAGCUGCAGCUAUAAGAACUAGUCAGUGAUUGUAAAAGUCUCCUAAAGUUUUGGGCAACAGGUUUUUUUGUCUGUAAUAUUCAGUUAUUUUUGUUGGAUAUUUUGGUUUUGUAUGAUAACCCAUUUCCAGUUUGCUGAUGUUGCCCCAUAAUUUAUAGUACUAUGUCUUUUUAUCGAUGCAAUUGAUGAUGAAAGGAAGCAAGAGAUUUCGGGCUGAA